UGGAGAACGAUGGCCCGUAUCUCUUUGGACUGUACCAGCUCUUUACCAGGGAUCCCCCUCAGUGUGCUGUCAGUGCCCAUGGAGAAUAAGUACAAAUGUCAGCAGUGUCUCCAGGUCCUGAGGAAGCCUGUCCAGGCUCAGUGCGGCCACCGCUUCUGUGUUCACUGCUUCAAGCAGCUCACCAGCUCUGGCCCAAAGCCUUGUGAAGCCUGCCGUCAAGAGGAGAUAUAUGAGGAGCCAAUUUCCAUUCUAAAUAGCAAUGAGGCAUUCCCAGACAAUGCAGCAGGCAGAGAAAUUGCAAGUCUGCCUGCCAGGUGUUUGAACCAAGGCUGCAAUUGGACAGGAUCUAUAAAAGAGUAUGAGGCUCAGCACGAAGGUCGCUGUGAAUGAAGGAUACAAUGCGAGGCCUGCCAAAACUUCAUCCUUCGUACGGAAAAAGACAGACACAACGAGAGAGAAUGUGAGGCCAGAACUCUCAACUGCAAAUACUGCAAAGUGACAUUCAACUUCAAAGACAUCAAGGUAAGCAGCCCAUGAGAAAUCUGUGUGAAGUUCCCACUGCAAUGCAAAGACUGUGGCAAGAAAAAAAUCCCCAGAGAAAAGUUCAGUGACCAUAGCAAGUCCUGCGCCAAGUCAAAGAGCGCCUGUCCGUUCAGCGAAGUGGGCUGUAAAUCUGUGAUAGAGAACGGGAAGCUCGGCGACCAUGAGCACGGCAGCACCAUGGAGCACUUGCGUCUGCUGCUGCCGAUGGUUCUGUCUUUGACUCGGACUCGUGCAGAGGCUGCUGGUGCCGGGGAGUGGCAGGAGGACUCUGGUCUGGGUCUGUACAGAGCUCCUGAGGAGGGAGCCGGAGCUGCAGCCUCCGUGCAACCCGUGGGUUUGGAAAAAAAGGUGAACGCUUUAGAAAACAUCGUGUGUGUCCUUAACCGGGAAGUGGAGCGCAGUUCAGUCACAAUGGAGGCUUUCUCGCAUCAGCAUCGUUUAGAUCAAGAAAAAAUUGAAAAUCUGUCAAACAAAGUGCGACAGCUGGAGAGGACGCUGACUAUGAGAGACUUGCAGCUCUCCGAGACUGAACAGCUGGUCAGAGAGCUCCAGUUCUGCACUUUCGACGGAAUAUUUGUGUGGAAAAUCUCAGACUUCUCACGGCGUAGGCAGGAUGCUGUGGCUGGCCGAGCACCUGCGAUGUUCUCACCAGCAUUUUACUCCAGCAAAUAUGGCUACAAAAUGUGUCUGAGGCUGUAUCUGAACGGGGACGGGACGGGUCGGGGAACGCACCUUUCACUGUUCUUUGUCGUCAUGAGGGGCAAGUGUGACGCUCUGCUCAAAUGGCCGUUCAGCCAGAAGGUGACUCUGAUGCUGCUGGAUCAGAACAAUAGGGAGCACAUCAUUGACGCUUUCCGCCCGGACGUGACCUCCACGUCCUUCCAGCGGCCGAUCAGCGAGAUGAACAUCGCCAGCGGCUGCCCUCUCUUCUGUCCUCUGGCCAAACUGGCCGGCAAGAGUCCGUAUCUGAGAGACGAUACCAUUUUUAUCAAAGCCAUUGUAGAUCUUACUGGCUUAUGAGGUGUAAUCUGUGGAAGUUGCACCAAAACCCAAAAACAAAACUCUAGAUUUAUAAUAAGAAUAAAAAUAAUAAGGAUAAUUAAUUAAAUACAUAUAUAGUAAAUAUUAUCACAUAUCUGCACUAUAUAUUAAUACUGAUAGUUAAUAUUCGUUGCUACAUUAUGUGGAUGUGGAGAAUAUGGUGGAGGAACAGUAAUAACCGAGGGGUCAGGAAUUAUUUAACCUCUUCUAAUGUGACCUUCUCUAUCUUCUAAUCCUCUAAUGAAUAUUUUUAUCAAAUAUAUCUCCCUUAUGUUAUACAUAUAUGAAUAUAUACAAUAUUAUAAUGAUUAUUUUACUUUACUUUGGAUUGUGUGAUUCUUCUCAUACUUUUAACUGUCCCGUGUUCCUCCAAAAAAUACUGUUUUCUUGUCUGAAGAAAAUUCAGCAAAAAAAAUUCCCCAAAUUUCUGAAAAUUUGCAAAACCUUCAGAAAGAAAAUUCCAAUAAUUCCUUAAAAAUUUCCCUUAAAAGUUUUAUUGUAAAAAAAAAAAAAUUCCCCAAAUUGGGCAAGAAAGUUCUUGUAAAUAUUUUCAAAAAAUGGAUAAAAUCUUUCAAAAAAUUUGUAAAAAUAUCAGUGAAACUUCUAAUAUUUUCUUUAAGAACAUUCACACAAAAAAUCAACCAAAAUCCAGCGAAAUUCGCUGGAUUUUGGUUGAUUUUUUUGUGUGAAUGUUCUUAAGAAACUUUUUUAACAUUCUUUUUUUCCCACCAAAAAAAUGUUCAAAAAUUUCCCAAAAAUGCUGAAGACGUGGACAUCAGAAAUUUCACUGUGAAAUAAUAUUUAUUCCACAUUUUCAAACUUUAAAACAAGGGUUAAGCAGAUUAAAUGUUGUCAGUUUGAGCUAAAAUAGCAACUCUGAUUAGUAUCUCUCUGUGUGAAUAGCGUGUUUAUUGUUAUCUUGUUUGGUUUUAAUGCAACACUGAACACAUUUUUGCCUUCAUCCCACCUUUUAUGUUAAAUGAGUAUGUAUGUAACCAAACAUAAAUAAUAUGUUGACAGUCUACCAUUUAAAUAUAAUCAUUAAACAAUUUAAGGCCAUUAUAAAACAUUACUGGAGUGUAAUGCUUCCACCUGUAGAACUUUAUUUUGCAAUAAAGGACAUGUAGCACAUUUUGUGGUUUUAGCUUCUUUUUUAAAACAGUUUUCUGACAUUUUAUAGAUAAACAACACGCUGGUUGUUUGACUCAUACGCAUUAUUUACUUGAGACUAAAUGUCACAAAUGUUUCUGAGAACUCAUUUAUCACCCUGCUUAUGAUGUUGCCGUUUCUCGAUAGCCUCAUGUCAGCUCGAUGAUUUUCCCCUGUGGGAGCCUGUAAGUGAUUCCUGUAGUGAUGCUUUUAGGUGCUUUCUGUAAAACGAUACAACGAUGCAUUUCGUACCACAAACCAGCAGCGACUGGAAGCGUUUUUCCACUGCAAAGAAAAGAACUGCAUGAGGAAAUGGAGAUUUGUUAACUCGGUUAUCUUGUUAGUUGCACUUGUGCUUUGAAAUGGGGACAGGAUGUACGGUUCCGUUGUGCUAUGUGUGUUGAUAUGUGUGCAUUUGUGGUUGUGUUUGAGCAACAUAUCGCAAAGGAACAGUACAUCAUGUCCACAUUCCUGAAAACAACGUACACGUGCAUGUUUAAAAUGUUAUCUUUAUCUUCAGAAGGUGAGCUACGUAACCUGCGAGCUCAAUUUUUCUUUUACUCAGAGGGAAGUCUUUCAGAUACAACUUUUUUAAAAUGCUCUUUGUUGCAUUAUGGGAAUUGUUCAUUCUGAGGACAAGAAGUCAGAAUAUCUCAGCCAUUAGUGCUUCAACUUUGACUUGUAUUCUUAUUGAUUUGCUCCAUGUCUUCUAAGUCACCUAAUUUUAUGGAAGUGCAAUGAAAUAAUCCUUCAAGAAGUGUAUGAGCAACUUGAAAUAAAAGCUAAAUGAUUCUGUU